CACACACUAUUUUUGCAGUUCAAUAAACGACAGACAGUGCAAAAAAGAACAACAUGAAUACGGAUCCAGUGAAAAAAAUUGGGAAAAUCAAAGAACAAAUUGAGAUGGAGUAUAAAUCACGGCGAAAUUAUCCCCGUAAAUGGUCGAGGUUUUGCAAUGAAACACCCUGGAAAGAAAUGUAUAAUCAAACCGAAAUCAACAACAACAUGAAAACGGAUUUAAAAGAACAAACUUGCCCCUUUAACUAUUCUAAUGAGGGUGAUUCAUAUUUUGUUUCAUCGGAAAUGCAUAAAUCUUUAGUGGCUGUCUGUCGUUGUGGUCGACCACGCAGUGAUUUGCAUUUGCUUAGAUGUUUGCAAAGUCAACAGAAUAAAUAUUUAUUAAAACAUUUAAACAGUAAUGAGGAGAAUAGGGUAAUAAACUUAAACAAAUUACCAGCAACAUCAAGUGGUUUUGUGGGAUGGCAGUCAAAGCAACCAAAUUAUAAACAAUGGGAGAAUUCUAUGAAAUAUGUCUCGCCCCUGUAUGAUAUGCCGGGAGAGAAAAUUACCACCACGCCUUAUAAUGCCAUCAUUAUUGGUUAAAUAAAU